GAUGGGCCUGGGGUGGCAUCGCCACCCUGCGGACACACAGACCCUGUUCCUCUUUCCCCGUGAGGCCGAUUGUGAAGGAAGUCCUUAGCUUUGGCGAAUGUGGCUGGGUGGGCAUUCGGAGGCGUGUCUGCCUUGGGGAGACUUUUCCUUCUCCGCCAAGGCCAGCCCCAGGACGGUGACCGGAACGGAAUGAGAAGUUGCAGGUGUUUCCGCCCCAGUGGCGGAUCAGGAAGCUGCCUCCACGGGAGCUCAGCUAAAAGAGAGUCGAAUUCUCUGGGUCCUCCCGGCCCUCCCUGCGGACGCCGGCUUUGGGUCCAGCGGACCGUGCUGCUGGCUGGAUUGCCAUGGCAACACGAAGUGGACCCAAGCCACCGGAUGACGGAGAGCAAAGACAGUGGUGGCUUCUGUCGGUCUUGGACCACAAGGCGCAUCCUUGGCCUCCGUCUAGUGUUUGCAGGAAUUCACACACGUCCGCGAGGUGAAGCCAGAUGUCGGUGGUUACUCCUCCGGCCCCCCUGGCUGAGACGGGCCUCCAGGGCCUGGGAGGUGAUGGCGCUUCCGGUACCUUUGAUGCAGACCGAGGACGGCACCUGCUGUGACCCCCCGGCCUCCGCACGCCCCCUCUGCUCGUCCUCCGGCCACUGCCUGGGGCACCGCCCUUGCCCCGGCCUGCCUGCCUGGACCCCAUGUAGUGGCUCUCUUGUCUCGCCUGCCUCCGUGCUUCCUAGCAACCGAAGGGGAGCUGAGCCCGUUUCCAUCUUGACCCCUUUAUGUAAGCCAGAAGACCCCUUAGAAAGGUUUUCUGAGACUUGGAGUCUAACUUUGGCCUUGACACACCUCCUCGGGUCCAAGCUGGUCAUCUCCCUCUCAGUGCUCGAGAGCAAAGUGGACCGCCAGGCUCGCCUUAGCAAAUCGGAUUCCCGGGGGGACUCCUUCUGUUUCUCCUCCAGGGCUCAGAGGGGAGAGGGUCCCUCUGUAAUGCACUUGGGACUGGCCACGCCCAUGCCUCCUUGGCCACAGAUUCCCCUCUCUGCUCCCCAGGCCCGUGGAGCUGGGCGUGGGCUGCAGUGGGGGCCGUGGGAUGUCUGGAAUGCCAGCCGCGGUGACCGACCAACGCUCAGCUCCCGGAGCUGUGACCAAGGCAGCAUUGGGGAUGGCUUUGGAGCCGAAGUCUUCACAUUUUUCCCAGUUUCGGGCGGAAGUGAAGAAUGCCCGCCUUCUCCCAGCCCCACCAGUUAAUUCAGGAGCUUGGAUUUUUUUUUGUUUGUUUUCUAAAUUAAAGGGACCACGCUCUUG